CGCACGCGCGCUGAGCUUACGCGCGUACUCAGUGUAUCAUGCUUCGGUGGUGAAGUGUCUGUGCUGUGUUGCAAAGACCGUGUUCUGUGCUACAAUAUGAGGUCGAUUUGCGCCGCGGCGCUGCUCGCACUUGCGGCUAUUACAGAUUGCUUCGGCGCCCAGUCAGAUCGUUCGAGGCAGCGUUCUGGUCCCAUCAGAAGCGUGCCCGUAGCCGCCGAUAUCAAAAGGGACAUAGACUUCGAUUGUCCCGAGGAGUUCGGUUAUUAUCCACAUCCCACCGACUGCACGUUGUACUAUGUAUGCGUGUUUGGCGGCGCUUUGCUUGAGUCUUGCACUGGUGGUCUUAUGUACAGUCAUGAACUCCAAACAUGUGAUUGGCCGCGGAAUGUAGGCUGUGAUGGCACUAGCGCUAUAGGCGCAGAGGACUUGGAGAGAAUCAGCGAGAGGGAGCCACCGGCACCCCCACCACCACCACCACCAAGACGAACCCCACCACCGCCACCACCACCACCACCGAGGGCGCAACCUAAUCCUGUGGUUACGUCCAGAGGGCAACCGAAAUUUAAUCGCGAUGAAUACGAAAAACAACAACAAUUGUAUGCUGAAGUAGACGACUUGCCACCAGUCGAAGAAAUCGAAACUGACAGGCAACAACGAGUGAAUCGAGGACAACCUUCAACUAUAGGGCAGGUUCAGAAAGAUCGCGAUGGUUAUGUUUCUCAGAUUGUUAGUUCGGGAAGAAAUCUUAACUCUAAUAUUAUACCAGCUUCAAUACCUCAAAACAAUGGAAAAAGUGGGUCUUUCUCUUUCGGCACUCAAAUUGAUGACAGAAGAACUGCUGUUGUCACUCAGGCACCACAAACUUAUAGUGAAGACAAAAGUGACAACGUGACUGACUAUCUUCAUGACAGACAAUUAGACAUUGAGACAAAUGAAAUCAAUGUUGACCACGUUACUGAAAAAACAGUUUUAAGAAGAAAAAGAGAUGUGGUAGGUACGAAUUUAGGUUUAAAGGAAGAGAAAAAAAAUGACACGGAAGAUAUCUCCAAAAGAAGUGAUAAUGAUGAAGAAAUAGAAUUUUCUGACAUUGACGUAGAGUCGGACGACGAUGAUAACAAUGAAGACGAUAGCGAAAGGGGGAAAAGGCAAAUACGAUAUUUUAUUAAGAAUGGAUAUAAACCCGCAAAAAAUUGGGGUAUUGGGAAACCAAUAAAGCUUGUAAAUUUACAACAGCAUACAUAUAAUUCAAACUUUCAAAACGAUAGAUUUCCUUUAAAUUUUAAUGAAGGAAGUAAAAGUAAUUCUUAUGCUCCAACACGAAAUCCUUCUGGGGGUAACAUAUAUUUGGCCUCGGAUUCUUAUCCAUUUUAUGAAAUAGAUUCAGAAUCUCAACGUCCUUUUAAGCCAAGUGUACGAGAUCCAAGUACUCAAAAAUAUAUUCACAAUCCAGCAAAUGCGCCUACACAAAUUAUUACUAAAAGUCCACCAAUAUCUACUUUAAAAAAUAGUAAUAAUCCGUUUGCUUCAUUAGCAGGUGGAUUCUAUAAUAACUCUCCCAAAUCUGCAGGAAAUCAAUAUUCGUCGCAAAUUAUUUCAUCAAUAAAUCGUCCAAGUCACCAGGUCGUAUUUCCAGAUUCGUCGCAAUUACCAAGCACUGUAGUAACGGGAAAACCAAUUCUUAUGACUACUCUGUCACCUAAUACUCGAAAUGAACAUAAAGUAAGGCCUACAGAUUCAAUUCAACAAAAUCAAAAAAAUUACAAUGAUCACAGAAAUGGAAAAAAAAUCAAUCAAAAGCAACAGGAUUAUCCUGAUCGAGAUAAUUCUAGUGAAGAAAACGAUUCAAACGAAUCAUCGGAAAAUGAUUCUUCUGAAAGGAAUAAAGACGACGAUGACUUUAAUCAUGAUUUCCCAGAAUUACCUUAUGAAUAUACUCAUCCAAAUCAUAAAUAUGCUGAAAUUGAAAAUCCGUUUGCUAAUCCUAAUUUUGAUUUCGAUGCAUUUUUGACAAAAUUGAGUGGCGGACAGUAUACAACACCUAAAUACAAAAAUGUUCAAAUAGCUGCAUUGAGGGUCACUAAUCGUCCCGUAGAAUCAACUACAGUUUCUAAUUAUAAUUCCGGUUUUCGAUCAUCAACCAUAAAUUAUCAAGGAAUGAGUACACCGCGACCAUUUACUAUUCCUAUAAAUUCCGUUACUAGUGGUAAUCCAAGUAACCCUCAAGAUAUGAAUCAAUGGCCACAAAUACCUCAUUAUAGGCAACAACAAAAUCAUAUAAAACAACAGCAACAUAAUAUUGGACAGCAACAGCAACAAACUUUAAAUCAAAAUAUUUAUAGGAUACCACAACAAUCUGCUGGUGGAACGGUAGAAUCCAUCAGAUCUAAUCAUAUGUCACCAAAUUUUAAAGAUGAACGUCAAUUGCCUGUUAACUACAGUUUCAUUGGAACUGCAGAUGGUAAUUCAAAUCAAGCUUAUAAUAAAACUAAAAUAAAUAGUGAUAAACAAAUUUUCACUGUAACCCAAAAACCGUACUCGAUCGUAACGGUUACCAGUGCACCUAUAAUUUUGUCAACACCAAAACAGCAAUACUUAACAAAACCUGGAAAGAUUGUUAUAGAGCCACAUUUGUUUGCAACUGGAAAACCGUAUUUGUUGUCUACUUCUAAACCACAGAAUCAAAAUACUUAUACUGUUUUUAAGCAUUCAACAGCAAAACCAUUAACGACGUUAGCAAAUGAACAAUUGUCAGCGUUACAAAAUUAUUGGAGAAAUCCUUCUACGGAAUCUCACCUUUUCGUACAAUCGACUCCUAGGCCUAACUCAGUAUCCGAGAUUCCAAUAAGACAGAAUUAUGUAUCACAAACAAAUAUACCUUUAUUAGCACCGAUAAAAGGCCAAAACAUUUUUGCGAAUGUAGCAAAAAAUCCAGUUACUACUACAAUAUUACCUUUUAAGCGUAAACCUAUUCCCAAGCCAUCACCAGAAAUGAAUGAUUAUUACUACGAUGAUGAAGAUGAGCAAUAUUACUAUGAACCUCCUGUAAAAUCUAAGUAUAUGCCGAGUUCUGAGAUUAGACCAAAAAGGCCACAAAUGGCACAAAAUUAUAAAGAAUAUGAUGAUUAUUAUGAAGAAAAUCCUCAAGAAAAACCUGUAAAUAUUAGGCCUUAUCAAACUUCAAGAAUUCCAACAGCUUUUACAACAAAUAAACCAAGUACUAUAAAUAAAAAUCAAAAUGAUGUAUCUGUUGUUACCAAAGCUCCAUUAAAAGACUUUAAUAAAAUUGUAGAUGGAAAGAUUACUGUGCCUGUAAUGAUAAAUUAUGGAGAAACUACUCCAACUAUUUUAACACGUCCAGAAAUAUCUGAUUAUGAAGUGAUUCAUCAAUCUUCUAGGAAUCAAACAACACAUGUGAGAAAACCUACUAUUUUUACUACAACUCCCUUUACGCAGAGGCCUCCCAAAUAUUUGAAUCAAACUACUCUCAGACCCUAUACUGUUAGACACAGAUUAGCUAAACCUACUGCUAUUAAGGAAUCUGUGAUGAUUGUGUCAACUGAACCAACUAGAGGAAAUACACGACACCAGAAUUUAGUGACACAACUAAUGAAGUUCACCACGCCCCGUGAUAACUACAAUCAAGAAACUCGUUAUACUAAGACUAAACAUGACCAUAAAACUAACAGUUUGGAACCAACUGAGAGUGUAGCUCCAAUUUCAUAUUCAGCAAGUCCUAGGCCCAAAAUGCUCUACAAUGGCUCUCAAAACUACAGCCCUGAUCAGUAUGAUCCCUAUUAUGCUGUUUAUGAUGAAGAUGGCGAGUUGUAUAAGGAUACAGACUAUGUGCAGCAAUAUAAUACAGCUUCGCUCCGACCAGCAGUGCAGCAAACAUAUCGAGGCACGCCACCAUCGCGUAGACCAGUCGAGGCCUAUACACCGAGACCGGUGUCCAAUGAUGAUUAUGAUGACGCUCUCAUUCAAGGACAGAUAAAUAACCAGAACCGGUACCAAUCUGCCAUUCGCCAUUCUACAAGGGGCGAAGGUAAUGAAUUGGGCUAUGAUCAUAAUCUGAACAGCGUGAGGACGCCUGCAUAUGAAGCUACAUCUAUUAGCACCACUCCUUCUACUACAACUAGCACAACUACCACUACCACUACUACACAACGCCCAACUACUGCACCGUUCACUGAAGCAAUGACCCCAUCUCGAUAUACCACAAGAUCAUCCACAGAUGAAAAUCCUAUUCGAAAACCAGAAUCCUUAAUAAUUCGAAAUCCUACAAAUGAGUUUUCCACUACUUCACCAGCUCCUACAACCCUGCCUUCUGUUAUAAACUUCUCUUCCCUUGCUAAACCUUUUGAGAAGACUGACAAUGUGUACAGGUUAAGAGAGACGAUAUCUUCCACAGAAAGACUGCCAAUUUCAAAACAUUUUAGUGUGACUAACAGUAGUAAUAAUGUAAAUGUAAAUGGUGUUCAAUCUGAGAAUGAGAGGGCUAAGAAAAAGGUCUUGUCACUAACAACAGGUUUUUCAAUAAGGCGAAAUUCGAAUAAUACUAAUAAUCCUUAUACGUUGACAGUAUUAACUAGACCAUAUGAUGAGUAUAAUAAAUCGAGACGUACCUCUUUAGAACUAAAUAAAAAUAAAGAAGCGCAUUUAAGUAGAUUUUAUUACAAAAGUGAUAUUGACAAUGAGAAAAAACCACUUGAAUCAGAAGCAAGAUCAUUAGAUACAGAUGACAAGGUGACUGAGAUAAUAAUGCAACGUAAAAAUGAUGGUAGCUCAGAAUUCAUAAGUGAUGAGGAUGAUAUACCGAUAUACAUUAGACCUAUUCGUAUAAAAAGUGCCGCAAAUCCUGUAAUCUCUACUACGCUACCUAAGGAAACAACUAAAUACUACAUAAAAACGACAAACCGACGACCAAUAUUUUUGCCUAUAAAUAAAAAUCAAAACAAGGACUCAUCUGAAAAUAAUAUCAAUAAAGCAUUACUUACAGAUUUUGUUGCUGAAAAUUUACAAUCGAAAAAGUCUACUGAUAUAUCCUCUAAUUCAAAUAUACCUAUUCACUCUAAAGAAAAAUCAUCUAAUCCCAUUAUAUCGCCAUACAAAACACUAGAUAAUUUAAGAAUACAUUAUAACCCAAAAAAUGAUUUGACUCCAAGUCUUUCUACUACUAGUACUACAUUUAGUACACCUACUACAGUUUCGAGUACAAAUAAACCAUCUUAUUAUAGUUAUCGGGUAAUAGAUGAAAAUAUAUCUGAUCAAACGACAGAAGUAUUUAGUGGUAAAGUAAGAAAUGUUAUUAAAGCUUUCUUUAAUAAUUUGGUAAGUACUUCUACGCCAAAACUCGAAUAUGAUAGUUCUAGUACGGUAACUAUAACUCCAAAUACAGUAACAGAAGGAGUGAUUAAUAUAGGCCAUCAAAGAAAUCCCUUAAAAUAUAUUGAUGAUAAAAUUUUAAAUAAUAAUGUAAAACAUUUAAAAAUUGUAACGGAACCAACUGUUAGCAAAAUUAUUUCUCCUAAUAGUGAAGUAGCAAAUUAUACAGAAAAUGUUAGUCGUGAUAGUAAUUACAUAUUAUCAACAUUAAAAACUCCAUUACUAAUUACUAAUAAGCCUACAGUGGCAAUAAUGGUAGACAGUUCAACUACUGAUGAGUCAAGAUUUAUUCCAAGUAGGCAAGCACAUGAAUCGAAAUUUAAAGAACUAAUUGUUAAUAAACGGCCAGAAGUCGAAACCUCACAUAAAUUUCAGAAAAUAAUAAUAACAGAAAAGUCUAUAGAAAGUGGUAAUCAUGAUGCUUUUGUUGAACCGACUGUGCCUACAAAUUCUGGUAUUGAAUCUACAAGUAAAAUGUUGAAAGACAUUGCCUCCACUACAAGUACAACUAAAUCGACUUCGACUAUGAAAGUUGACUCAUUGACUACAACUAAAAGCUUAUCCUUUCCGACACGAGCCUCACGAGUCAAUCCCGCCAUAAAGUUAGCUGCGACAAACCCUGGAGGUGGGCGCAGGAGUUACCAAUCAACGACCAAAUGUUCAUCAGACAACAGUCUGCAAGCGAAUCCAAAAUGCAACGAAAUCAAAUAUCAGAGGCCUAGCAGCACUCGUGGUCGCGGCUCAGCUCACUACUCCACUGGGUCUGACGGAUCUCAACCAGCUCCAAACCGAGGAACACCCCCAACUCGCAGUCGACCGACGCUCAAACCAUCUACGGCCAUCGUAUCAAAGAGCUCAGAAUUCGUGGAUAUCUAUCUUCAUCCACCAAGUAGACCGGCACCGGUCUAUCCUCAACCAACGCCUGACAAGACGGCAGCUAAAUGUAGGAAAGAUGUUUGUUUGCUGCCCGAUUGCUAUUGUGGUGGAAAAGACAUUCCAGGCGACAUGCCCGUGGAGACUGUACCACAAAUUGUUCUUCUAACAUUUGACGACUCUGUGAAUGACCUGAACAAGGGUCUAUAUAGUGACUUGUUUGAGAAAGGCCGUGUGAAUCCAAACGGUUGUCCAAUCACCGCUACAUUUUAUGUUUCCCAUGAGUGGACGGAUUAUAGUCAAGUACAAAAUUUGUACGCUGCUGGACACGAGAUGGCUUCACACACGAUUUCCCAUAGUUUUGGAGAACAAUUCUCCCAAAAGAAAUGGAAUAGGGAAGUGGGUGGUCAGCGAGAAAUUUUGGCGGCUUAUGGUGGUGUAAAAUUAGAGGAUGUGAGAGGCAUGAGAGCACCUUUCCUUUCGGUUGGUGGCAACAAAAUGUUUAAAAUGUUAUAUGACUCGAAUUUCACUUACGACUCCUCUAUGCCUGUUUAUGAAAACAGACCACCUAGCUGGCCAUAUACUCUGGAUUAUAAAUUAUUCCAUGACUGUAUGAUUCCACCUUGCCCGACAAAAUCAUAUCCAGGUGUCUGGGAAGUUCCUAUGGUGAUGUGGCAAGAUUUGAAUGGUGGGCGAUGUUCUAUGGGUGAUGCAUGCGCUAAUCCUCCUGAUGCAGAAGGCGUUUAUAAAAUGAUAUUAAAGAACUUUGAUAGACACUACACAACAAAUAGGGCUCCAUUUGGUUUGUUCUACCAUGCUGCUUGGUUCACUCAGCCUCACCAUAAAGAAGGUUUUAUUAUGUUCCUCGAUUUCAUUAAUCAAAUGCAAGAUGUUUGGAUUAUUACCAAUUGGCAAGCGCUGCAAUGGGUGAGGGACCCUACACCGAUAUCUAGACUCAAUAACUUCCAACCAUUCCAGUGUAACUAUCAGGAUCGGCCGAAGAAAUGCAACAACCCCAAAGUCUGCAACCUUUGGCACAAGUCUGGAGUAAGAUAUAUGAGAACUUGUCAACCAUGUCCUGAGAUCUACCCUUGGACCGGCAAAACUGGCAUUAGAUCUUCACGUAUUGAUAACGAUAAUGGAGAAUAAAUGUAUUUGAAACAAAGUAGAAAAUAUAUUCGCCGUUGGAAAUGAUGAUCCUAUAGAGUAAGAGCCUGAACGACACGGAUCAUUAUAUUGUAAAUUUGUACACAGUAGAAAUUGUUUUGUCACCAAUUACUGAGUGCCAUUUAGAUUUCGAUGGUCACAAAGCAAGAAUUGAUAGUAAAAUGUAAACAAUUUCAUUGGAGUUUGUGAGUUCGGUUAGAAUUAUACAAUUUAUUCUUCAUGUUGUGUUCCAUUGUAUUGGAAACUGUGAUAUUAAGUGUUUUCAAUCAUGUAGUGUGAAGAAUUUAUCAAUAUUAUUAUCAUUCAUUUUAUUUCAUAUAUUUAAUAUCUACUUGUAAAUGUACUUUUUCAGUAAUAUUAUCCUAUUUUGUGUUCGUUUGUAGUUAAUCUAUUUUAAUACUCUUUGAUUAGUAAAAAGACCUUUUUAAUAAUAAGAUUGAAGAUGAAAUUAAAUAACAGAUUUCAGUAUUUUCUCUUUAGUAAUUAGACAACAUUUUAUACCAAGAAUUGUAGUCAUGUCUAAAAACAUUCAAUAAUUUUAACGGAAGCCAUAUUAAAAUUUAGAAAAUAUUUUUUCUAAUCUUGCCAGCUUCGCAGUUGACACUGCCUUUUUACUAUUUGUAAAUAUAGAAUUAGUAUUAGUAUAUAUUUUUUUUUAUAUAAGUUUUUAUAAAUACUAAGAACAAUAAUAUUGUUCUUAGGGUAAAUCAGUAAAUAUGCCUACUACUGUUUUAUGGUAAAUGUAUUUUGAUGGAACGAAGAAAUUACAAGAAAAUUAUAUUGGAGAUUUAAAAUUACCUACAGUAUAGCGUUACCUAGACGUCUGUUCACAUCGUUAACUUAGUGAUGUAGCACAUGUCUAUGUGACUGAAACAUAAUAAUACUUAAUUAUUAUCUAAUUGUCAAAAAAGAAACAAGUAUUUUUUAGUCGUUUUUACUUGUUUAUUAUAAUUAUAUAUUAAUAGUGACUCAAUUGGCAAAACUAUAUAAGUACUAGAUAAGAAAGCUUUGGUAUGCUAUUGCAACUAAAGUAAUUGGAAGCGCUUGCUACGAAUCUAUUUAUCUAAAUAAAGCAUUAUUUAUAAGUCCUAUUAUUGUAAAUAUUAGGUUAAUAUUUAAAAUUGGUAGUUUCAUUUUUUUAUAAUUGGACAUGGUUAUCUCAAAUGACUUCCUGAUUUUAAUGUACAUCGGACUAAGAUAGCACUGUGAGAUUUUCAGAUAAGUUGAGUUUAGACGGCUUUUAAAUUAAACUCUUUUAUGUACAAGAAUUACGAUAUGUGACCAGUGCUAAGAAAUAAAAUAUUAUAAACAUAUA